UGGCAGUCCUCCGCCGUCAUAUAGAAUCCGGAGCGAUAAAGAAACCGCCCACCGAAGUGGGUGGGGGCGAAAGCGACGAGGGAUACCAGGUGUGGGAGCGACGAUCUCAGGAGAGAAGCGGCAACGGACCGCCCCAUGGCUUCCCAUUUUGCCCUCAUCAAACCCUCCUAUUUCUCCCUCCGCACCCUCGUCGGCGCUAACCACACCUCCGCUCGCUUCUGCUCCCGCUGACGCCUCUCCGUCCCCCCAUCCGCUAGGUUUCCGGCUAGGGCUAGAUUUAGGUUUUGUUUUUUGUAAUCCUGAUUCUUUCUAUUCUUUUCGUCCAUGGAAUCGGCGGCGAAAUCGAGCUCCGUGAAGAAUGUUGUGGUCCGCUUGCUGCUUUUCGGCGUAUGCCUCCUCGUUGUCCGGUUCGUCUACGUCGUCACCAUCUACGGCGGGCCCUGCAACUCCGGCGACUUCUGCCUUCUCUCCUUUCCUGGCGAGGGCCUCAGCUUCACCGGCGCUAGUGGCGGCGUCUCCGCCGGCUCCGCCGCCUUUGUCCGCGUCGCCGACGGCUCCGCUGCCGCCAACCCCGCCCUCUGGACCAGCCGUGAGUGGCGCAAGGCAGUGGACUACUACUCCGCCGUCUUCCAGGACCUCCUUGUGGAGGGCUUCCUCUCCCCGACGGCCAAGACCCUCUGCGUCGACACCCCCGCCGGCCACGAGGUCCUCGCCCUCAAGGAAGUCGGCGUCCCUGACGCCAUCGGCGUCGCCAAGAGGAAGGCCUCGCCACUGGUGGUUGCCGGCGGCGACCUCUUCCACCUGCCGUUCCGCAAUGCCACCUUCGACUUCGUCUUCGCCGGCCGGAGCCUUGACCGAUCGAAGCGGCCGGCGAAUCUCGCCUCGGAAAUCGUUCGGACGCUGAAGCCCGAUGGUUUUCUGGUCGUUCUCACCGCUUCCGCCGGCGAUGCGUACAGUCUCCACUCCCUCAUCGAUCUCUUCCCCUCAUGCUGGAAGCUCCGCUCCCGCGAGGUCGACGGUCCGGAUUCGUCCUCAGCCAUCCGCGAGAUCGUAUUCCAGAAGCAAUUAGACGGUGAGAUUCUUGCCAUCAAAGAAAAGGAGAGGGAGGAUUCGAGUCCUGCCAAUUCCAUGAAUAGGUGCUCCAUCCCCGAGCACAAGCUCCAACUUCUAGAAUCCGCGGAGCCUCUGAUUAAAGAUGAGCCAUUGAAACCAUGGAUCACCCUAAAGAGAAACAUCAAGAACAUCAAAUACCUUCCAUCCAUGGUGGAUAUAAGCUUCAAAUCGAGGUACGUGUACGUCGACGUCGGUGCCCGGAGCUACGGCUCGAGCAUUGGAAGCUGGUUCAGGAAGCAGUACCCCAAACAGAACCACACCUUCGGAAUCUAUGCCAUCGAGGCCGACCCGGCGUUCCACGACGAGUACGCCGCCAAGAAGAACGUCAAUUUGCUGCCUUUCGCUGCGUGGGUGCGCAAUGAGACCCUGGCGUUCGAGAUCAAUCAUGACCCGGAGCAGCAUGAUGUCGAGAAAGAGAAAGGUAGCCGCGGGAUGGGCCGGAUUAGGCCGGUCGGCGGGCUUUCGGAAGGAGUGUCAUCGGGCGAGGUGCAUACAAUUCAUGGAUUUGAUUUUGCCGAGUGGUUGAAGAGGACGGUGACGCAGAGUGAUUUUGUGGUGAUGAAGAUGGACGUGGAGGGGACGGAGUUCGAUCUGGUGCCGAGGUUGUUCAAGACCGGGGCCAUCUGUUUGAUAGAUGAGCUCUUUCUGGAGUGCCACUAUAACCGUUGGCAGCGGUGUUGCCCAGGGGAGAGGACGCCGAAGUACAGGAACACCUAUGGGGAGUGCUUGAAGCUGUUCACUUCGCUCAGGAAGAGCGGGGUUCUUGUUCAUCAGUGGUGGUGAUUGAUCCUGCUGGGAUCUAGCAUCCCGUUUCUAAUAAAUUCCUGGCCUUCCCUUCCAGCGAGGAUGGCAGAGCUGUAGCAAGAGGCC